UGGAUCUAGUAACUACCCAUUCGGGUCAUGUGGGGCCACCCGUAUUCAGGCGUAGAAAGGCGUUGGUUCUUUCUAGCCACGCAAGUGGAGACGACUAAUCCACUGCACCUUCUUGUUACUCCCAUUUUCCUUUCUUUACUCUUUUCUCAGUUUCUCCAUUUUUCCUUCUGCAACAUAUCUUUAACCUUUGCAGAAUUAGAUUAAGCGCCAUAUCUCCGAGAAUCCGUAACAAUAUACUCCGUAAUUACAAAAUUAAAACAAGAAGCAUCUUUUCUGCUACUGUAUUAUUCAAUUGCUUCAUCUCUUCCGAUGGCGUCGGGCGGUCACCAGAAUGUGAACGCAAAACUCGUAUUGCUGGGGGACAUGGGAGCUGGUAAAUCAAGCCUUGUGUUACGGUUCGUCAAGGGUCAAUUUCUCGAAUUUCAGGAAUCUACGAUCGGGGCGGCUUUCUUCUCGUCUACAGUGUCGGCGGACAACACCACAGUGAAGUUCGAGAUCUGGGACACGGCUGGCCAGGAGAGAUACCACAGCCUGGCCCCGAUGUACUACAGGGGCGCUGCUGCUGCAAUUAUUGUCUAUGACAUUAGUAGCUUGGAAUCUUUUGACCGUGCAAAGAAGUGGGUCAAGGAAUUGCAGAAGCAAGGUAAUCCAAACAUGGUUAUGGCACUUGCUGGUAACAAAGCUGAUAUGGAAGAUAAGAGGAAAGUGACUGCAGAAGAUGGAAAAGUAUAUGCAGAGGAAAAUGGUCUUUUCUUUAUGGAAACCUCUGCAAAAACUGCUCAGAAUGUUAAUGAAGUUUUCAUUGAAAUAGCUAAACGGUUGCCUAGAGCUCAAACUUCUUUAAAUCCAUCUGGGAUGGUUCUUGUAGACAGACCAGCUGAGGGGACUCGUGCAACAUCCUGCUGUGCUUAAUUUCCUUCUUCUCCCCGACUCCUCCAUCCAUUCUAAAAAGGUUCAUGUGUAUGUGGUUGCACAUUGCAGUAUUGGAUGAAUGUUUUCUAGUAGGUAGAAUUGGGUCAUAGAUAAUCAUAGGUUCUUCUCAGCUGUGUAAUAACUUUAUGUUGGGUUAUUGUUGUUAUUGUUUUGAACUUAUAUACGCAUGUAUACUGAUCUCAUUAAGUUGGGUUACAAGAUCUGCCUCUCCCAGUCUUCUUUUCAUCCUCAUUUUCUGAGGCUGUGUGCUUUGAAACUUUCUUAUUUCGCUUCUUGAGCAUAUUCUUCCAGCCCAUUCC